CUUGAUUGUCCUACAUCGUUUUAAUGUUGCAGUACAUAAACAUAAUCGCUAACAACCAAGAAGAACAAGUACUAGCUUGGUGAAUGAAAACCAAAACGACAAGUUAUUAAGAAUAGACUAGUAGUGGUAGAAGAGGACCUGCCUGUGCCUUCCUCAGAGGACAAAAAGAAUGGUGUGGCCCCUUUUCCCGAUUGUCGUGUACGACAAGCUGCGCGCAACAUGCUUCAGCAUGAUGGUGCUGUCGCAGCUUCUGCCCUUCGUCUUCGGAGUCUCAUCCUUCUGGGCAUUUCUAUUCGGACCCCUUGGCAUGGGUCUGUACCUCCGCUUCCUCUUCGAGGACGAAAAUAGUCGAAAAGCACGGGAGCAAGAGCUCCUGCAGAAGGACAUCCACAGCAAUGACACUGGUGCCACUUCUUUGGUGACGACCACAAGCAAGUGCUAUUCAGGAAGGAGAGCAGAGGUGGAGAGAAUAGCUCAGAGCAUAGUUAAGAAAGAUCCUGAGAACGCCAAGUUCCGCAUGUUCAAGGCGACAGCGUCGAACACCUUUCGUCACGACCAGAUCGACACGAGGGCGACGAAAGAAGGCAAACUUGAUCUGAGCAGCUUCUGCCACGUCUUGGAGGAUACUUUCCUUGAAGGGAAAGAUAUCAAAAAGUAUGAUGAUGAUGAUGAUCUACAGACUACUUAAAGUCAAAGUACUGCUUUAUUUCCUUUUGCUUUUACCGACCUACCGAUCUAUCGUCACAUGACAGUGACAGGAUGCUGAAGAUGUUUCCCUCUAUUGGUUUAGUUGAUGUAAAGACCUAUAUAAUGUUAAUGCUCUAAAGUCUCCUGCACCCGACCAAGCUUCCCGAAGACCUCUCCAGUUUGCCCACUAUCGAUGUCGAAGCUUCCACUACUUUCGAGACCUUUGUCGAUGUCCUUUUGGGAAUGGGCUACAUGCCUCUAGUAGUACCAGAACUACGCACAAUCACGGUUGGUGGCGCAAUCGUUGGGAUUGGCGUAGAAAGUAGCAGUUUCAAAUUUGGCUUCUUCCACGAAGGUCUAGUCGAAGCGGAUAUCUUGCUUGGCAAUGGGCGCGUUGUCACGAUAUCAGCAGACAAUGAGUACAAAGAUCUGUUUCGAGCUGUGCCUAACUCCCUUGGUAGCUUUGGCUACUUGCUUCGGUUGAAAAUGCGCAUUCAGCCUAUCAAACCACUGGUGAGGAUCGUAAAGACGUGGGCUGAUAGUCCAGAUAGCUUGAUCCAGAAAUUGGAAGAAGCGAGUGCGCCAGAAAAAGGGAACGACUUCGUUGACGCGGUGGCUCUGUCUACGACAGGCGGUGUCAUUGUGGAAGGAAAAUUCUGCGAUCGAGACGGUGAUGAUUAUGAUUUUGGUGGAAGUUCUUGAAACAGUUCAUCUUUCGGUAGAUGAGUUUAUUGAGUAGAAGUUGUCAUAUCUUCCUCAUAGUCAUAUCCUCAUAGCUAGGGUAGAGUCUUUCCCUUCCAACACUAGAUGAAGACAUCGCUCUCUUAAUCAGACAAACGACCCAUUUAUGUUAAUCUCCUUCCGCCCGGCUUCAUAUACCCGACGUCCAAUCCCAAACGCAAUCCAAACCCGUCUCCGACUAUAGCUGGCGCGGCGAUUGUUUCUAUCGCAAUCUGUUAGACUUGGAGGAGAAACAGGUGGAAUAUUUGAAAACGGAAGAAUAUAUCUGGAGGUGGGACGCAGAUUGGUUUUGGUGUACACAGAUCUUUCCAGGAUUGGGAUCGAGGAUUGUUAGGUACUUUGACUCGUCCUAAAAAUAUACUGAUCAUUCCUUCAGCACUGGACCGCUGGCUCGUCCCAACCAUUUCUAUAAUUCUUGAGCUAGUUCAAUAUCAAUAGUAGUUCAAUAGUUCAAUUUCGUACAACCUACUCGCACCACGUAACCAGGUAUCUCCUCGGUCCUUCGCUCCUCCGUUCAGACAUGUACAAAGUCUUCAACGAUAAGUUCACCAGAAUGGUGCCAAAUUUUUUACUCCGGAAUCAAGAACUCGUCAUCCAAGAUAUCGAAGUGCCGGUUGAAAAAAGCGCCCAUUGGAUUCGCGAACAUUGUAGAUUGGUCAGGAGUGAUUUGUAUGUUAAGGCAAAGGUACUGCGAGGAAGGUGUUGGUUUUUAGGUAUACAUAGAUAGAAUUAGAAUCUACUUUUCUCACGUAAGAAAAAGAACAAUCGUCCUCGCAUAGGAAAUCAUGGCAAAAUGAAUCGCGUCUAAUUUGAGCAAGAUCAAGCUCAAUUACAAAGACGCGAACGCACCAAGGACGAGGAUCACAAAUGGAGCUGGUGACGAAGCAUCCACAUCAUCUUCUUCCACCGAAACCGUUCCGAUCUGGUUAUGCCCCGUGCGUGGCACGAGUAGUCCUCUCUUGCCUAUGGCGGCUGGCAAGCUGUACGUCAACUUCGGGUUCUGGGAUGCUCUCGAGGAUUCCGUCGUUACAAAAGGUGGCAAUGCUAGUGGGAAGGUAAACCGUGCACUGGAGGCCGCGUGUGAUCCGAAUGGGGCCAUCAAAACGCUGUACUCAACAUGCUACUACAACGAAAAGGAGUUCUACGCGAAGUACGACACUCAAGGAGAAUACCAGAAAAUGAAGGCGAAGUAUGACCCAAAUACGCGAUCGCGGCCGUGGUUUGAUCGAGUUAGGGGGGCGUGAACGGCGAUAACUCGGAAGAAGAUUGCGAUUGAUAUUAAUUUGAAGCUCACACACCAGGGUGGGGGAUGAUAGAAGAUAUAAAAAUCUUAUUCUUGUUUUUCAAAAACAUUUUUAUUGAACAAGAUCAUGUAAUCGACUUCUACACUUGUUCUGCCCAAAUGAGAUUCAUCUUGUACACAUCUUCAGUCACACACGCACCAGAGAUAGGCAGACUCCUCCAAUCAUGAGACGACGAAGACACGUUUCCAUAAUGCUGAUUGGGUACCUUUCAAGAUGUCCUCCAUUGUAUACACUUUUCCAUAUCGUAGUGAUAGUAGACAAGAAGAGGAAAAGCUGUCAUUGUCUAACAGUUAGUACAUAUGACAUUACCCCGGCAGGCGCACAAAACGCUGUGUUGGCGUUUCUUGUGUCUGCCACGGACGGUCACGG